AUGGCCGUAACCAUGAGGCUCGCGGCGAAAUUCAACUCCUACUAUGCGGAGAAGCCGGUCUUGACUACGAUGGUCACCAACGCCGUCCUCGGCGGCAUCGCAGACACAGUAGCCCAAACCAUAACCGCCGUGCGGACACGCAUGGCGGCCCGCCGCCGCUCCCGCACCUCCUCUAACGACCCCAAUAAUGAUCCAAUCUCUAUCGAAAUAUACAACUUAGACAAAGAAAGGCCGUCCCCUAUGGGCGACCUUUACAGCGGCAGCAGACACCUCGCACCAGCCUUUGACUUCGAGCGGCUGACCCGUUUCAUGGCUUAUGGCUUCUUCAUGGCACCCAUCCAGUUCCAGUGGUUUGGGUUCCUGGCGCGCUCGUUCCCGAUUACCAAAACGCAUGCGACGGUGCCGGCAUUGAAGCGGGUGGCGAUGGAUCAGCUGAUUUUUGCACCGAUUGGUCUCGUUUGCUUCUUUACAUUCAUGACAGUGGCAGAGGGUGGGGAUCGACGAGCGAUAGUACGCAAGUUCCAAGAUGUGUAUACACCGACGCUGAAGGCGAACUUUAUGCUGUGGCCAGCGGUGCAAAUACUCAAUUUCCGCGUGAUGCCUAUCCAGUUUCAAAUUCCAUUCGUAUCCGCCGUUGGGAUUGCCUGGACGGCAUACCUAUCCCUAACCAACUCCGCUGAGGAAGAAUAG